ACAGGGGAGGGACAGGCUGAUUCCCAUGAGGCACCACAGCGUCUCUCAGAGAUCAGGAUCGUGCUGCUGGGGGAGAGAAGGUCUGAAAAGAGCUCAGCAGGAAACACCAUCCUGGGCAGAGAGGAUUUUGACACUGAGAGGGGAACUAAGGAGUGUGAGAAGAGACAGGGUGAAGUAGCUGGGAGGCAGAUCACUGUGGUCGACACUCCAGGGUGGGAUGAGUGGCUGAUAGGGAAUGAUCCACAGCAGAUCAGACAGGAGGUUGUGAAGAUUGUGUCUCUGUGUCCCCCAGGACCCCACGCUCUCCUCCUGGUGAUCCCUCUCAUCACACUGAGAGAGAAAAAGAGGAGAGUAGAGAAGGAACAUCUGGAUCUUCUCAGUGAGAGAGUGUGGAGACACAUAAUAGUGCUGUUCACCUGCGGGGACACACUGACACACACAACCAUUGAGCAGCACAUUGAGAGACGAGGGAAGAAGCUCCAGUGUCUUUUGGAGAAGUGUGGGAACAGGUAUCAUGUUCUCAACAACAAGAACAGGGGCGACCGCACUCAGGUCACAGAGCUGCUAGAGAAGAUAGAGGACAUGGUGGCAGGAAACUAUGGGCAGUACUUCACCACUGACAGUGAACAACUGUACACUGAACUGGAGACAUACAAUAGAGAGACAGAGGAGCUGAGACAGAGGGAGGAGGAGAGACAGAGGGAGACGGAGGAGCUGAGACAGAGAGAGACAGAGGAACACAGCCCGGCCGCCUCACGCCUGUCCUGGCCCACCCUGCCUGGCGCCCGCCGGAAACAGCUGCUCGCCAUCUCGGCCACAACCGGCCACUUUCCCACUGCGGAGUCCCGCUCUACUAUCUGCUCCUCCAGCGCUCUGAUCUUCUCCUCUCGUGUCUGGAUCUCCUCCUCCAUCCUGCGGAGGUGGUUCUGCAGCUCCUUCUGGUGCUUCGCCCUCAGUCUCUGCGGAGGGGCGUCGCUGUGA